GGUCUUCGAAACGUAAUAAUUCGGUAAUUCCGUAUUCAGCACUGACCUUGGGUGAAUUAAACUGAAUUCAAAUAUUUAAAUCCCACUCAGUUAUAGAAAUUUUAACAAAUCUUUUAUUUUUAAUGCCAGUUUUAUUGUUAUUUAUUUUCUCCUGUUUGUUUUAAAUCUUCAGAGACAAAAUAUAUGUCCUAGCAUCGAUUGGAGCGGAGUAACUUGAUCGUUGACUGUAACAUAUUCUAAUGGCUGACUAUCUGAAGUCUGCAUUGAGCUAUUUCUCCACCUCAAACACUACUAAAAAUGAAAAUGAAUUUCUUGGCAGUAGUAUAUCUGUCGGGCACCUAAGUUUAAAAGUUAAAAGAGUUAUUGCUGAAGGCGGCUACGGAAUAGUUUAUGAAGCUCAAGAUGUCAAUGAAAAUAUAUCAUAUGCGUUAAAGCGUAUGCUCGCUCACGACAAACCUUCAGCAGAUUUAAUUCUUCAUGAAGUUCGUUUACUGAAACAGUUGAACGGACAUCCAAACAUCCUUAAGUUUUUUAGUGCAGCAUCUGUUGGUAAAGAGAAAAUGAAGGUUAUUGGUACUGAGUUCCUGAUAGUCACAGAGUUUUGUAAAGGGGGUCAGUUGGAUAAAUAUUUACCGGCAUCAAAAUGUGAAAAUCCCCUACCGUCGAACAUUAUCUUACAAAUAUUUCAUCAUUGUUGUCGUGGUGUACAACAUAUGCAUAGUCAAUGUCCACCUGUGCUACAUCGAGAUUUGAAAAUUGAAAAUUUAUUACUUACUGAUAAUUUUAUCAUAAAGUUAUGCGAUUUUGGUAGUGCAACCACAAUUACAUAUAGUCCAGAUCAAUCAUGGACUGCUUUAAAACGUGGAAGUGUUCAAGAAGAGCUGGAACGUUUCACAACACCAAUGUACCGGGCUCCAGAAAUGCUUGAUCUUUACCAAAAUUAUCCUAUUGGUACUCCAUCGGAUAUUUGGGCUUUGGGUUGUAUAUUAUUUUAUUUAACAUGUACUUAUCAUCCAUUUGAGGAUUCAUCGAAGUUGGCUAUUCUCAAUGCUAAUUAUAGUAUACCAGCGUCAAUAAGUUCAGAGAAUGCACCAUUUUGUAGUUUAAUUCGACAAUUACUCCUCAUAAAUCCAUCUCAACGUCCUAACAUAAACGAAAUUCUUGGUGAGUUAUCUGAAUUAGCGUCUAUAAGAGAAGUUCAAGUAAGUGGUUCUAUUCCUCUGUUGGAAGAAGUUGCCAAAAGACGUAAUGUAAACGUUUCUGCUACUUUUACAAGCCAGCCAAUCAAUCGUAAUGAUUCUAAAGCUAAUGAAUAUCAUCCGGGAUCAAUGCAUUCAGAAAACAAUGUUGUUGCAAAUCCACAACUGUCAUCUAAUAAACCAUCUAGACCUAAUCCUAUAACAAUGCUCUCACAACAGAAAUUAAAUCCAACAGUUAGUUUUAAUCCACCAACAUCAUCAUCGUCAUCAUCACCAUCAACAGUAGUCAUAACAACUCAAUCAUCUACAGUUAAUCAAAUUUCAAGUAAUCAACAAUUAUCCAAUCAAUCUAUGAGUAAUAUGCUUGGUAUGAUUAAAGGAGGCGCUGGCAAUUUAAUUCGUAAUAUACGAGAUGCAUCAACUAAAGUUAUCGGAACGGUUUCUACCACGUUGAAUACAGAGCUUGAUUUCCAGUUUAUCACUUCACGUAUAGCAGUUACAUCUUUCCCUAUUGAAAGUGGAUUUGAAGUGCUUGCUAACGUGAAUUCUAUUGAAGAGGUGCAAAAUAUGCUAGAUACACGUUUUCAAGAUGCUUAUGCCGUGUAUAAUCUUAGUAAUCGUCCAUAUCGUUCAGAUCAUUGGUUUCAUGGUAGAGUAUCACAUCGUGGUUUCGAAGCACACCGUGCUCCUACGCUAAAAUCAUUAAUUGAAUUAUGCUUGAAUGCAAGGUUAUGGUUAGCUCAAAAGUCGAAUAAUAUUUGUGUUAUACAUUGUACUGAUGGUAAAACAUUAUCCGCCGUAUUAGCAUGUUCCUUAUUAUGCUUUUGUCGGGUAUUUGAUAACGCAUCACAUGCAAUUCAAUUGUUUGCAUCGAAACGUGGCAAUCCUGGUUUGAAUGCAUCACAGAUUAGAUAUAUUAACUAUGUAGCUCAGUUAAGUCAUAAUCGUGCAUUUACACCUCAUCAUUUUCCAUUGAAUCUUAUCAGUUUGAUAAUUGCACCGGUACCGACAUUUAAUAAGUCCAAAAAUGGAUGUCGACCGUAUGUGGAAAUAUUUGAAGGGAAGACCAAAGUGUACUCAACUUACGCAGAUUACGAUAAUUUAAGAUCCUAUGUUCUUGAAGAUGGGAAGAUCCAAAUACUUUUGAAUGGAUUGACUGUUUUAGGUGAUCUCACAGUUAUCAUUUAUCAUUGUCGAUCUGCAUUUGCUGGACGUGACAAGAUCAGUUCAGUAAAGAUUGCUCAGUUUCAAUUACACACUGGAUUUGUAGAACAUAAUUUAACUGAACUAAUUUAUUUCAAAUCCGAUUUAGAUCAUCUGGAUAAUAGUAGCAGCUUUGCCGGUUUCACUAGUCGCUAUGCUGAAAGUUUUCAUGUUACAUUGGAAUUUAUGGUUUCACCAACUGAAAGACCAAGACAAAGUGACAAUCUUGUUUAUCCAUGGGAAACUCUGCCAUCAAAUGAUCUCCUUAGUCCUAAACUCUGUGUAUCAAAUCAUGAUGAACUAAAAGAUAUAUUAUCUGAUUACGGACGUUUUAAUCGUAAACCAUCAACUCGAAUGUAUGAAAGGAAAAGUUCAGAACCUAAUCAAUCAAAUGAUCAUUCAGAAAAAGAUUGUAUAACCACUAAUAUUAAUAACGAUGAAUCAUAUAAUUCCACAAAUCAAUCCACUACAAAUUUGUUUACCACUACCCAUACCAUCAGUGGUAGUACGACUAACUUAAAACUAAAUACAGAAAUUAAUGAUAUUUUAGUCUCAGAUUUAACCAAUGAUGAUGACAUGCCAAAAAAUCACAAUCAUAAUUAUGCUUAUUCAUCGACUUCUGACCGUUCAAAACAAACUAACUACAAUUUAUUAAAUGAUAAAGUCGGUGGGUAUUAUUUAUCAUCAUCCAAAAGUCAAGCUAAUAAUAAUAUGCAGGCAAGUUCUGAUGACCUACUUGGAUUUCAUGUGGAAUCUUCAUUUCCAAACACAGACACUGCUACUACUUCUCCCACAACUACUUCCAAUACUGAUGAUCCUAUUUUAAUCGACGUAGCACAGAAUCCCUUCGUAAUUUAUAAUAAAAAUUCGCUAGAUGGAAUUAUUACUUCAUCAACAACUAGUCAGCAUAAUAAUUCCGAUGAUUUGAAACAAACUGAUCAAAAAUCGUUUGUUGAUGAUUUAUUUAAUUUCAACUCACCUGUUGAAGUCAAUUCAAAAACUGAUAUUGAUUGGGAGAAUGUAUUUGGUAUCACAUCAUCAGAAAGCACAAAGAUCACUACUAUCAUCACCACUAGCCACAGUACUACUACAAACAAUAUUGGCUUAUCCAAUAAUCCUUUUGACCCAUUUGGUAUAGCCACAUCAGAAUUAUCGGAUUUCUUUUCAGUACCAAAUUCUAAUAUAUCAAGUGAAAACUCAACUACUACUACUAUCCUUCCUAAUAAAACUGCCACUACUGCCCCUUCUCCUCCAAAUACUAUUACUAAUACUACUACUAGCAAAGAUUACUUUGAACAACAAGGUAGUCAUUUAAGUGCCAGUGCCAGUACUAGUAAUUUCAAUCCGCUUUUUACAUCAGCUUCUUUUACAAAUUUGUCUCCUAACGUUGAAACUAUUCCAGACAAGACUAGUACCACAGCAACAACAACAACAACUAAUGGUAUCAAGAAUCAUGAUCGUCUAGAUCCAUUUGCAGAUUUUGCUGAUGUACUUCGAGAUCGAUUAAAUAGUCAAAAUUGUUCCAGUACCAAUGUUACAAAUGGUGAUAAUACAUAUACUCCACCAUCAUCAAAUAGAUCGUCCACUAACUGGGGUGGUUUCUCUGCUGGUCCCAGUCCAGCACAUCAUUUUAAAUGUGAGCUUUUUUCAAUUGUGAUAAGUUAUUUCAUCUUGCUUCUUAUUAUUACACGUAAAGAAUAGUAAAUUUGAUGCAUUUUAUGACGUUAAAUAAAAAUACCAGAUAAAAUAAAGUGUGUUGAAAUCCUGAACUGAUUUAAGCUAGACCACCAUUGAAAACCUGGAUGCAUUAGACGGCCGUCUCGUCUUAUUAUAUGGCUCCUCAGCAGUGCAUGUCUACAACAGUGUACGUCUGAGUCAAGCCCAGAACCUUGUGUCUCGCGCGCAAACACCUAAUCUGUAGACCACUGGGCUGACACUCGAUAGCAUCAAUGUCUGAUUUAAACCCAUUCACGACAAUACAAUGGUCGUCUAACUUAUAUCGGUUCAUGAUUUCAAUGAAAUUCAACAAUCUCCACAACCGCUUUCUGUGAAUGAAGUUAAAUUUAAAACAAUAACAGAAUGAACAUGAUUCACAUUGAGUGAUAUCUUUAAUUCAUUGAUUCAGUGUUUUGUCAUAUUUGUGUGUCUAUUCCUUUUAAUGUUGAGGUGAGUGGUAAAAUAGCGUAAGAUUAUUAUCAUUGUCCUGCUUAGUUCGAUAAAAAUUUAUAAAACCUAGAGAACUAAAUUCUCACUUGAUCUUCGGUUGUUUACGUGUACAGUCUUAAAUGCAUUGAUUUAGAUAAAACUGUAAUGUAUUGGUCUUAGUUCUCAUUCUUGUAGAAAUUAUGAUUAGAAAAUUAGUGUUUUCCAAUGAAAUGUAAUUAGGUUUUGAUUAACAUUCGUUUGAGCAAAUUAUGGUUUAAUUCUCUUAUUACGGGUUGUCAAUUAUAUCCAUUCACAUCAAUUAUAGAUUUUGAUUGUACUAUGAAUUCCAACUAUAGAACUCUAUUAUUUAUUUCCAAACAACUCUUCCAGUCAAUUAAUAUUAUUUCAUUUUAAAAAUGCAUUACAUUUAUAUUUUUAGGUCAGGGGGUUGGAGAUAACCGUCUCGAAACUUUGAACCCAGAUCCCAUAUUAGUUAGCAUUCGUCGACGUAGCGUAUUUGUGAUCUUUUAGGAACUGGUAUCCUCUGGUGAACUUAAAGUUGUGCAGCCCAAUUACACUGUUUGUGAUGUUAUCAUAUAGGCUGAGGCUGACGUUUUGUUAGAUCGAUGUAUUUAUACUAAAUAAUCACUAAGUAUUGGUCAACUGGUUGUUUGUCUAGUCCUUAGUGCUGAUCGACUUCUGUCGAUCAAGUUUACUUUUUGAAAAAUCCGUUUUCUUAUUUUUAGCAAGUGUCGACUCAAAGUUUAUGAACGACUCUUCAAAUCAUAAAGAAAUUUCUGAUAAUUUAUUCCAUGGUUAUGAGAAAUCUAGUCAAUCGUAUUCUUCCUACUCCAAUUUUCCUAAUACUACCACUACUACUGGAUCAACAUCAGUACCAAAUAGUGGAGGAACUGGUGCUAGACCUCAUGUCAAUAAAGAUGCAUUUUCUGAUUUACUUGGUGGAUUUGGUUCUUCUCGAACAAACAACACAGAUGAUAAUAAACAACCAAAAACAGUAAAUCAGAUUCGUCGUGAAAAAAUGGCUAAAACUAUCGAUCCAGAACAAUUGAAAGUCUUUGAUUGGGCUGAGGGUAAAGAUCGAAAUCUUAGAGCAUUAUUAUGUUCACUACCGGCCAUAUUAUGGGAUGGAGCACAAUGGAAUCAUGUUGGUAUGGCUGAUCUAAUAACGCGGGAUCAAGUUAAACGUCAGUAUCGGAAAGCUGCUCGUGUAGUUCAUCCUGAUAAGUGGAUGAGUACAUCAUACGAGAAUAUCGCACGUCUAGUGUUCGUUGAAUUAAAUGAUGCUAUGGCUGAAUUUGACAAAAAUGUUAACAACAACUUUUGACGUUUUUUGUUUUACCUCAUUUCAAAUGAUAUUAUCUAUACUUUCUUGUAUUUCCUAUUUGUCCAACUGUGAAUUUCUCUAUUUAUCAUACAAUUAAUUAAUUGUAUCACUCUCCUAAGUCAUUCCAUCCUGAAAGCAAAUACUUUUUUGAUGAGUUAUCAUGCUACGUCUUUUUGUUCUAUCUUUUUAUUCAUCUAUACACUGCCAGAUACCUCAUCUUCUGACUGACAAUCUAUGUAAAUCUGUGAUGUAGAUGAUUUUGUUUCAUAGAGAGGAGAUCAUGCAUUAUUUAGGCAUUACUAUCCUUGUUUUCAUUUCUAAUUGUUCAUUGAUGAUGGUAAUACUGGUUGUGGGUAGUGGUGAUAUUGUUACCCGCUCUCUUUCCUUGAACUAUGGCCUUCUUAAUCGUUCUUAUCCAUUUGUCUCCUCAUUUUUAUUUAUUUUUCUCAUGUUAUCACGAAUUAUUACCAUUAUUAUGAGAUUUUGUCCAGUUUUUUCUCAUGAUUUUCAUCAUAAUGAUGUCAUACAUCAUCAUUUGUAAUACAAAGAACAGAAAGAAGAAAGAAUUUUUCUGUUUUCUGUGCAAUACAAGCGCCUGUUAUAAAAAAAUAUUCUUUUGUGCCCACAUUCACAUGGAAUUUGUAUAUAGUUUAGUUUUGAUGAUGUACUCAUUCUUAUUAUUUAGUGGUGAUAUUAUUUCGGUCAUCGGUUUACAGGAAAAGCGAAGCUGAGAGACCAAAAACAAAUUAGUUUUCCAGUUUAGUAAAAUAACAAUUAUAUAUUUUAAAAAAAUUGUUAUUUUUCCUACUUAUCAAUAAAAUGUAUGUCUUUUGUUUUCUUAGAGUUUCUUCUUCCACGUCUGAUCAUUAGUUUAUCGUUCAUCUAAAUAUCAAUAUACUUUCACGUUAUAUUUGUUUCGUUUCAAACAAUUAUUCGUCUUCUUCAUCUUCUAACAUUGUCAUGAUCAAUAUCUUUAUCAUUAUUUUAAUAAAGAAAAUCAAAUGAU